UCAUUAGUCUUCUCACUGUAGAGAGAGAUAUAGAAAAAUGACGACAAUGGAGAGGAUGGAGAGAGACGCAAUGGAGACGGUGGCUACCUAUGCUCCGGUCACUUAUCACCGCCGUGUUCGUGGUGACUUGGAUGACACACUUCCUAAACCUUAUUUGCCGAGAGCACUACAAGCACCGGACAUGGAACACCCGCAAGGAACACCAGAGCAUAGGCACAAUGGCCUUAGUGUUCUUCAGCAACAUGUAGCUUUCUUCGAUUUGGAUGAUAAUGGCAUCAUUUAUCCCUAUGAAACUUUCUCUGGGUUCCAGUUACUCGGUUUCAAUUUACUAGCGUCACUUAUCUUAACUACCGGUAUCCACAUAGCUCUAAGCUAUGCUACUCUCCCGGGAUGGUUACCGUCUCCGUUCUUGCCUAUAUAUAUACACAACAUUCACAAGGCAAAGCACGGAAGCGACUCUAAAACAUAUGACAAUGAAGGAAGGUAUACACCAGCGAAUCUUGAGUUGAUGUUUAGCAAAUAUGCGAGGACAGUGCCAGAUAAGUUGAGUCUUGGAGAACUAUGGGACAUGACUGAAGGAAACCGCGAUGCCUUCGACUUUUUUGGAUGGCUAGCGAGCAAAGUGGAAUGGGGAGUAUUGUAUGUGUUAGCGAGUGAUGAAGAAGGAUUCUUGUCAAAAGAAGCCAUAAGGCGGUGCUUUGAUGGAAGCUUGUUUGAUUAUUGCGCCAAGAACUACGCUGAGGUGAAGGAGUACAAGACGCAGUACUACUGAUCAUCAUCACUUGAACUAGUGUGGAAACUCAAAAGUUGUUUUACGAUGUUUCUAGUUUCGUUUGGUUGGUUAGAAACCCUGCAUAGAUUGGAACAGAAGGCUUCCUUUUAUAAAGUUUUUUUUUUUGGUACAAAGACUUCUGACUAUUUUAGUUUUACAUGAUCAAAACCCCAUUUCAUAAAGAAGACAGAGAACUAUUAAACAUUAAAGAGAGGUCCUACGAACAGAAACAGACAAAAAAAAAAAAAAAAAAA